UCUCUCUUGGACUCGUUUGCCAAUGUGUGCCAGGCAAGCAGAUUGCAUGAGAUUAAGGCCUGGAAUCUGCAGGAGAAAAAAAAAGGAAAACCUCAAAAAUAAAUAAAUAUAUAACUGAGUGGAAGUGAUUAAUUAAAAAUGAAUGCACUGAGCGAGUGAAAGGGGGAGAAAGGAGAGAGAUAGAGAGAGAGGCAGGCUUUAUUGAGCUGGAGAGGCAGAGGAGCGCUCGCUGAGGAGCGAGGUGGGUGGAGGAGAGAAAGAAAGAGAAAGCGGAGUUGGAAGUGUUUUUCCUUUUACGCUCUGACUCGCCGCCGUGCUCAUGCAAGACGGAGGGGUACAGAGGGGGAAAGGCGUGAUGUUGUAGUGUUCGACCACGUGUGCAGCUGUCUCCUCCGCUGCUGUGAUGGAAGACAUUUGUAGGCUUUGCUCUCGCUAAGGGGCUGCACAGAGGAGUAUGAGAUGAAGACCAUGGAGCAGAAGCCAGAACCUGAGCCUCUGGCAGCCGGCUACAGACCCUCCCCUCGCCCCACGUGGCGAUGGGACAGCCCCCCCAUUCCUCCAGGGCUCCACAGUGCCCCCAACCAGCAGCGCUGGGCCCCCAUGGGCCCUCCACCUCCUCCACUGCCCCGCUCACACAAGACCCUGAUGCCUGUUCCCUACAGGGAGCCCCAGCACCUAAACUCUAAGAGGCCAGUGAGCUACCCAGAGAACCACUACAGCCUGUCUCCUGCAGGGAUGCUGCCCUACAGGAACCCCUCAGCCAGCUUCUCCUCUCCCUCCUCCGGCCUGGUCGGCCUCUCCUCGAUGGGGCCGCCUGGAAUCACACCGGGCCCCUUCGUACGCUACAAACCCUCCCCCGACAGAUAUGGAGCAGGACAACGCCCCCUGCUGCCGUAUGAGCCUCACCUCAGUGUGGACGUCACCUCCAGCGGAGAGUCUUCCUCAGGCUUCACCAGUCAGGAGAGCACUAUGGAGCGCUGCAAAACAGAGCCCCUCUGGCACAUCCCAGCGUCGUCGUCUCGGGGGCCGGGUGGUGGAGGGGGGCAGAGGAGACCGACCAGACAGGAUGUCCCGGGGAAGGACUCUCCAAACAGAAACUCCAAGGGCGAGACUCAGUACUCGAGCCACUCCAGCAGCAACACUCUGUCCAGCAACGCCUCCAGCGGACACAGCGACGAGCGCUGGUUCGACGGGGGACCUGCAGGUGAACGGGUUCCUGGGGGUUGCCUUGGCGACCCAACAGAACCUGACCCAGACCAUCUCAACAAGGGGGGGUCCAACGACAGCGGCAUCGACGCCUCGACCCAUUACAACAACACUCGCCUCGUAAACAUGCCCAACAGCCACAAGCCCCUGCAGUGCUUCGGGACGUACGGGGGGGGGCAGGAGCUGUCGGUGGGGAGGAGUAGCGGCAGCAGCGGGGAGGGGAGGAGGCGGGAGUCGUCUCCCAUCAUACCAGCUGCAGCCAAUCAGAACAAAGGGUACCGGACCAGGACGUUCCCGCCUCCUGGAUCCAGCGCUGAAAACAUGGAUGCUUUCAAACCCAGGGCCUACACACCGCAGGGUUACAAGACUCCGACAGCUGAGAAAGCCCGGCCCGUCCGCGCUGCUACGACGACACCAACUUCCUCUCAUCUAAGCUCCAUCCCUCUGUCCAGCUCCGCUCCAAAGGCUUUUUAUGGAAAGAGCAGACAAAGUGCCUGGCUGAACGACAACAACGGCUCCUCGCCCUCAAACAUCACCACGACGACCAGCUCUGACAGCAGCAAGAAGCAGGUGGACACCAACUCAAAGAACGUGUUUGGACAGCCUCGGCUCCGAGCCUCGCUGAGGGACCUGCGUUCUCCACGACGGACGUACAAAAGCACCAUCGAAGACGACCUGAAGAAACUGAUCAUCAUGGACAACGUGGGGGAGACGCCCCAAAGAGACCCAUCUCCCAGACGAACUCUGCAGCGCACCUUUUCAGACGAGUCUCUGUGCAGCGGGCGCAGAGAGGCGAGCUUCGCUAACUCUGAGAACCCGACAACGCCUAACGACGUCCUGUUCACGUGCACGCUGCCCACACGCAAACACGCCGUCUCUAACGUCCACGUGCAGAGCAAGAAGGCUGUUCUCCCCUCAGUGCCUCUGUCUGCCUCGGAGCUGUCUCUCACUGAAGUAAGAGACAAAGUGCCCCCCCUGAGGAGGCUGGACCCCGGGCUGAUGCCUCUCCCUGACACAGCCUGCGGCCUCGAGUGGUCCAGCCUGGUUAACGCUGCUAAGUUGUACGAAGGUGAGGCAGCAGACACCUCAAGACUAGCACAAAGAGCAGUUUCCCUCUUCUCACUGACGGAGCCGCAGGGUGGGGGUCCGGACAUGAGACCCGUCGUCAGUCCAGUCCAGUUUCAGACUCCUCAGACUCCACGGACCACGCCGACCUUCAGCGGUGACGAGGUGCCCAACGAUCUGUCCGGGCGGCUCUACAACCUGGAAGUGAUGUUAAAGCAGCUGAACAAUGAUCUGGAAAGAGAGAAGCAUGAUAAAGUGGUUCUGCUGGCAGAGAUGGCCAACCUGCGGGAGAACAACCAGCGGCUGCAGGUGGAGAGCCUGUCGGCCAGCGAGCAGCUGCGCAAGUUCAGCAGACUUUAUAAUAACAACGACACGACCGAGAGCGACAACGAGGCUAACUCCUUAUUGUACGAGGCUGAAUCUAAGAGGGAGUGACUCCUGCAGGAGGGGGAAAAGAGCACCCGGCCACAGAGGGGAGGGGAGGGGGGGGUGCUUCCACUGGACUGCCUUAAACCGUAAAGAGAGCAAGGAAACAGAAAAACUGGAUUUUUUUAAAUGCAGAACCACUCCCAGAGAGCCUCCCUCUCUUUUCUCUGAGCCUGUUUAUUUUUAUAAACUCAAGUCAAAAAGUCUUAUAUACUUUUCAUAUAUAUAAAUAUGCUACUAUGCCAGAGGAGCGAGAAGGAGAGGAAACUGUUUUAGAGAAUCAUCACCUGGAGAGGCCUAAUACUGUUCCUGCAGCGAAUCAGCCAAAAAAACAACAAGACUCAUUACAGACUGCAUCUCCCAGAAUGCACUAGAAGUAAUGGAAGCUCUACAGACAUUGUACUGUAGAUACAUGCCUGUUCUCAUGUAUCAAUAUUACCCAUAUUGUACUGAUAUUGAUGUACUAAAGAGGGGUGGGUGAGUGUGUGUAACUGAUGGUACAGCGAAUUCUCAGAAACGUAAUGGCACAACAGUGUUUGUGCUCACGAAGCAUUUUAUUCCCCUCUGGUGUGUGUGUGUGUGUGUGUGUGUGUGUGUGUGUGUGUGUGUGUGUGUGCGCAAGCGUACGUGUGUGUGCGCGAGCGUGCAUGUGUGAGCGUGUGUGUGAGCGUGUGCUAUGGGACGUUUCGAGUGCUGAACAAACUAGUUUACUAUAAUAUGAAAUCUUGUGGGCCACGAUAUUUUUCUCUCCUCCGUUUACAUGGAUGAACCUGUGGCCCUUCAGAUGUGAAACAAGCCAUCGGCGUGCUGUGUGGGUGUUAAAGGUCGAUGUCAUGAAGCUCAGUGAUAUUAAUUAUAGUUCCAUAUCUCUAAUGUAGUGCAUUGUUUUGAAUAUUAUCUUCUGUUUUUCAGCAGUGCCGUUUCAUCUCAAAUCUAAAUGGACUGGAUAAUUAUUUUAACCUUGAGUCCUCAUCCCAGUACGUCUUUGAAAUCAACUUUGUUUCCUAAUAUUUAAAGCAGUAGUUUGACAUUUUGUAGUAGCAUCAUUAGAGGUUUUAGUUUUAUCAUAAAGAUCUCAUACAGGGGAGAACAGCCAGCUUGACGGCCCACAUGCACCUCUAAAGCUCAUUACUUAACUCUGUCAAAGCGUCUUUGAGUUUCAUGAAAAGCGCUAUAAAAGUCCCAUGUAUUAUUAUUAUUAUGAUAUCUAAAUAAUCUAAUACCCAAAAAAAAACUAUUUAAAGGGACAAAUCCUCGUCUAAUGGACUAUCUGUUGUGGCUAAGAGAUUAGUUACUUCAAGGAGUCUUAGCUGAAUUUGAUUCUUGCAAUUGAUAUCCAAAAACAGACCUGCAAUUACAGUUUCUUGGCCAAAAAGGGCAAAACAUUUAGAAACAUAGACUUAAUGUGCUGAAAAGUCGACUUUGUAGACAAAGCCAGGCUAGCUGUUUCCCUCCUUUCCAGUCAGUAUGCUAAGCUAACCUUGUAGGGUUGCAUUUUUAACAGACAAAUAUGAGGGUGGUGUCAAUCUCACUGCUAGAAAAUGAGUGAUGGUAUUCUCCAAAAUGUCAAACUAUUCUUUACAUACAACUCUAAACGACGCUGCCAUUGGUCACGUGUGCUUACAGGAAACAUUUACUGUACAUGAACCCACAACACUUCUGCCUGUGUGCGAGGAUUUGUCCCCGUGUUCUGUGAUGACCCAAGUGAACACAUGAGACACUAUUUAUACCGCUCGCUUGCUUACCGAUAUUGUCUACUAUAUCUAUUUUUCAUACAGAAAUAAUGUUUUUGAACGCUGGUACUGAAUGGACAAUACAUCCGUGCAGAGGAUGACUCUUCCUCUGUCAGUUUUGAUAUCGCUGACGAAUCAUCUGCUACUUCUUAUGAUCCGGAGGUCUCUUCUUCUCUGGUCUGACUGGAACUGUAAAUCCUAAUCGCUCAGGUUCCUCACAACGCUUUGAAUAAACUAAACCAUCAGUUAGGAGUGGGCGAUGUGACACAUUCAAGCCUGAGAGGAUGUCAAAAUGGGUUUUGCCAAAAUGUUAAAACCAUUGUAGUGAUAAGGUCAUUGUAAGGAACGUUUAUUGAUGUAAUACUUUGUUCAGAGGCAUUUCAUCUGCUGAAUUAGGCUUGAACAGAAAAAUAUAAACAGUUUCUCAAUUGAUCUUCAUAUAAAAUGUAAGUCCUGAAAGGCAAGUGAGAGAACUAAAUCUGGUGAUCCAUUUUCUAAAUUUGAUCUUAACUGUUUUCUGACUUAAAAGCAGGUGAAGAAACGUUUAUUUGAUCUGUGAAACAAGGGGGUUUAUCUAGAUAAAUGUCCCUUUUUUCCAUCUGUUAAAACUGUCAUAAACACAGAAGGGAAAACUAUUUAUAUCAGUCUUACAAAUUGGAUCAAUAGAUUCCUUUCUGGAGCGAUGUGUCACAUUCCUUUUGGAGGGCAGAAAGCACAGCUGAUACCUGUGUAUUGAUACUGCUGACAAUAACUAUAGAAACGUUUUAAAAUCUAGUAUUGAUUUACAGUAUAACACACUUCCAUGAUUUUGGCCACACUAUCGCUCACUUCUACUGGAAAACUAUUUUAUUUCACAGACUCAAGAGGGAACAUGUGCUGUAGUCGGACUCAUUUCCUUCUGCUUUCAGCUCCUUUACUCCUCUGCAGUUAUUCAGAUUUGAUACGAGUAACUUUUUUAAAUUGUUGGACCUUUUUGCGUCGGUUCCGGAAUAAUACCUUGACCAGUUUCUCUGAAAUAAAUGUUCAGAUCCUCCAGAGAGAAAGCUCCUCUUCUUGUCGUGACGCUCUCCUGCUCCUCGCUGUGACGGUCUUAUUAGUUUGCUUACAAGGGCCAAGGUUUCUUUUUUUAAUCUAAAGUUUGUUCAUGUUCUGUAUAAUUUGAAGCUAUUUAAAGCACACACAACGAUCCUUAUUGAACAAAUCAAUAAUGCAUUACGGUCAAUGGUAAUAUUAUAACUAGGUUUGUUUUUUUUAGAUGUUAAAUAUUUUGAUAAUUUAUUUUUUAACACAUUCCCACUGUUGCAAACAGUAGUGAAGAUGAGAGGGUACUGUGUUUUUAUUUGUGUAUGCCGUUUGACUUCUGAUCUCUGUACAAAAUUGAUCUGUAUGAUUCCUCGUCGUUUUAUUUUCUGGCAUUUCCCUGUUUGUGGCAGGCUGCGUGAUGCAGACGACAUAUUGGUUGGAAAUUGUUUUUCUUUGGGUUGUAAUAAUAACUUGUACAUUUAAAAGUGUAAAUUAUGUUUUCAUUAUUUUAUAAAAAAUAUAUUAAAAAUAAUUAUCAGAA